UCUUGUACUAGUGAAAGCGAAGAAAAUAAAACUGAUAUCUCUAAAAAAUUGGAUCAUAAAGAUGGAUCAAAAAACCGAAGCUGGGUGUGGAAAUAUUUUAAAUCAGAGGAAGUGGCUGAAGUUAUAAAAGAAAGAUCUGAUCGUAUUAAUGUUAAAACUACAUAUUGCACUUGUCUUGUAUCAAAUGAUUCGGAUAAAAAUUGUGAUGCACAAUUAAAAGUUGUAGGCGG